GAUUUAUAAAGAUACAAUUGCAGAAUGCUAAUAUUGAUGUGCCUUUUGCAAUCAUGCUAUUGUAUUCUUCUCGACGAAGAGUGGAAAAUUGGAGCAAUGGGGACACUUCUUUGUAGGAGUCAACCCACUGCUGCGCGCAUAGAGCUGUGGGAUAAAAAAAUUAACAACCGAAAUCUAGCUGUAAACCUAACGAACAUCCAUGGUUUUUUUACAAUCAAAGGCAAGGCGAAGGAGUUUAGCAGGAUUAAUCCAUAUCUCAAGAUCUACCAUCGUUGCAUGAAUGACACGCGGUGCCGCAAAUUUCGCAUGAUUCGCGUAGAAAUUCCACAAGAUUAUGUGCGGACACAUACACGCCCAGUGCAAUACUUCGAUCUUCACACGGUGGAACUUCUCACACACAAACAAUCUGCUCUCUGCGUGGAACCCAUCAAAUUUUCAUUUCAUCCGAUUAUCUAGUUAUAUGAGGUGAAUAAAGACUUUCCCAUUUGAUCAC